GAGUCUACCUGUGCGGACGUCGUUGCGGCACUUGUCCAGUUCGAUUGAUUGAAAGCUUAUCGUUUCUCGUAGGAAAUCAGGAGUGUUCGCUUUCCAUUUCGCUGUCAGAGACAAUUCGGUGUCUUCCGUCGAGAGAGAAGUGCACUCCUCAAGUUCGAUCAGUUCCCGCGACUAGGGCCCCUCUCUGUUCACGCUUUGUUGAGGUAUCGGAUUCGAGAUAUCUCUUCUCCCCCCUGUUUACUUCGUCAGACACCAAUGACGAUUUUCUGAUUGUUUACGACGUUUGCGUCUAUUCUGUGGCAGUCGCGCGAAAGUAAUUUCGCUCUUUCUGUUACACGAGUGAACAUGUUGGUUAUGUUUUUAAUACAGAUGUUUCACUUUAUUGAUACAGAGUAUCUGCUAUAUUGGCUGUCAUCUAUGACUCUAUAGUAUCUCCAUAGUUCGUCUUACAAGGACCGAAGAGUAUUUUAGGUUUCACUUUGCCGUAUUUGCAUCUCUGUCUCUAGGGUAUUUUCAAGACUAAAGGGUUCUUUGCGUCCAUGUACACGGUCUCAAGUAGGCUUCAACCAACAGAAUGUCGUGAUGGGCUAUUUGUGUAUCGCUAUCAGCUUCUAAAGAUCUUUAGUAAUGAUCUUUAGUGGGAUGUUAACUUCAAGUUUUUGAUAUGUUUUAUCAGUUUUCACAGGCACCGAGGGUUGGUAGGUGGAGCCGUGGAACUUGCUGAACCAUCUUGAAUAUGUCACAGGUAUGUCUUUUGUUUUAUAUCAAUUGUCUAUUUCAUAGAGGAUUGGAAUGAAUAGAACAAAGCUUCCAUUUGUAGACUCUAUUGCAGUCUCACAUGCACAUUCUUUCUGUAUGUUUAGUGAUCUGUUGAAAGAACGGGAAUAUGAUUAUUUCUGUUGUUCUGUAGAUACCUUUGUCUAAGACUCCUAUCCAAUGUUCCCUGGUGUAAUUGUGGAUCCAUUGUUAUCUUACUGCGUUGACAAUUUUGGAAUAACGAGUGGUCUCCGUUGUUCUUACUUGGGGAUUCUUGAGCCUGAAUUAUGGUGAUACUAUUCGUAAAUCUGUGCAUGUGAGUCGAGGUAGUGUUCAAAGGAACAGUUGUAGAUGGGGUUAUAUGGUCAUAACAUAAAGGUCAACAAUUGAGAGGAUAUGCAUGUCUGGACUUAAGAUCUUAUGUUCGGCGUGGAGCAGGAGGGUGAAAAAGUCGUGCUGAACGUGUAUGAUCUGAGUCAAGGACUGGCACGACAAUUGUCUUCUUCAUUGCUGGGAAAAGUUAUCGAUGGAAUCUGGUAAGCCUCGUUGUGAUCUAUGUCCUCUGUAUUUGUGUCAGACGUGAACUCACUGAUGACACAAUAAUUGCCGAUUUUCUCACGAAAAAGGUCAAGAAUCAGUUUACAGGUAGUACUUUAUUAUACGAAAGUUUCACAACAUGGAAGAGUACCAUUUUAGACCUGACUUUUAAAAUAUGGGGAACACAGUUAUUAUAACAAGUAAUCUCUUCUUCCUUUCUAUGUUAGUCUAUCUAAGGUUCCAAAAUACAUGCGAUGUUCAGGCACACGGGAGUCGUUGUGUAUGGGUUUGAGUACUACUUUGGAGGAGGUAUCCAGAUGACUCCAGUUGGACAAACGCCGUAUGGUAAACCUCUGCGAGUUAUCGAACUGGGUUAUACACAAAUUCCGAAGGAAGUAUUCGAAGAUUACCUACGGGAAAUUGAUCCGCGGUAUACCCAGGCGACCUACAACGUGCUCCGUCAUAAUUGCAACAACUUCAGUGAGGAAGUGGCUCAAUUUCUUGUAGGCAGUAAUAUCCCACAGUACAUAUUGGGAUUACCGGAAGAAAUUAUGAACAGCCCCAUGGGUCCUAUGCUAAGUAAGUAUUCUCAUACCUGUGAUGUGCGUGGGAAUCGUGCUAUAUGCUGGACUUUGAAUGGCUACUUGUAUUGGACUGCCAUGUUUCAUCACGCCUACGGCGAUCAAAUCACUGAAACUUGAAAAUUGCACUCCUCGCUCUGAUUUCUCUGGCCGUUAGAAGGUGUGCAUUGUCAUUGAUCAUUGUCGAGCAUUAUAAGUAAUUCUUGUGAUGUGUGGCCGUAAAUUGCUGAACUCUAAAUGGUUCGUUUUAUAAGACUGGUUGGUUUUAUCUCGCUGAAGGAGAUGUAAGUAUUGAGGCUUGAAAACUGCUCUCCUCGUCUUGAGUUCCAUUUCCGCAAGAAUCCAUCGUUCAUUGUGGACUAUCACUAGUUUAAUUUUUUCGUGUUUUCAUUCUGCAGUGCCAAUGAUUCAACAAUUGGAGACAACUUUAAAGCACAAUCAGGCACCGGCUAUGGCCCAGCAGUUAGGCAACAAUCAGGCUCUUCCCAAUUUUUCUGGAGUUCAUGUACCGACUUCUGUUGGAGUGUCUAUGAAGAGUGCAUCUUCAGGCAGUACACUUCCAUCUUCAACACCGAGCUGCACUACAAGCACGGAGAAAACAUCCACCAGAGCAGAAUCUACGACGAAUAUUGCCACGCCUAAUGUUGUGGAUAGCAAGAAGGCCGAGGAACACAAAGAUAAAAGCGUAGCUGCAGAUGACAAGCAGGAUACAUUAGUGGAUGCAAGAGCUAAGGUUCAGGAGGAAAUAACUCGUGAGUUCAUGGUAUUAAUGGCCUCAGGAAGUUUAAGGGCAAGUGAAGCAGCUGCUCUUGCUGCUCGUCGAGUGAUGGAGAGACAUGGUAUAGGAUCAGGAGUUGCAACCAACUAGGGUAGCCCUUUUUACCAAAUUAUUUUACAUGAUCGGGAAUGUACAUCUAGACUGAAAUAACAUUCCCUUAAUUAAUAUACAUUUGAGGCAGAAUUGG